UUUUAAUAGUUUUAAUAGUAAUAUAGUUUUUAUUAGUGAUUAUUUAGUGCGAGUUGUCAUGAAAAUGGUUGACACCGAAAACAAUGCCGGGAAGGAAUUGCCAGAGGAGGAAGGCACAGAGCUCGAGCUGGAGGCUCUGUACAGGAGAUACUGUGUGCGGUUGAAACACGCCCUCUUCAUGUCGGCGCUCUGCGUUACAUUGAUCUGUAGCGUGGUGCUUCUGUGUGCGGUCUGUGUGCUACACGCUAGUGAUCUAUCAUCACAAGUGACCGCAGUCUCCGUAUUGUCAGUGAUGAUAUUCAUACUGUCAGUGGUGCUGGCGAUGGCGCUGUUGCCAGCGGCCGCUGAGUGGGAGGCGCUGGCGUUGACUGGCUCAGUGCUGGUCACCAUCAGUCUCGGGGCCGGCACACUGAUGGCGACUCAUCACGCGCCUUUGCCACUAUUUGCUUUAAUACUGAUGGUGCACACAAUGAUGCCCAUAGCUCGGCCGAUAGCCUUAGGAAUGUCUGCGGCGCUCACACUCGCGUACAUGGGCCUGGCGAUAGGCAUCGGACCAAAAGGUCAGGAGGGACAGUUCUAUCAGCAGUUGAUAUGCGAGCUGUCCUUGCUCCUGUCGGCAAGUGGAAUCGGCCUCUACUACCGUGCUCUGACGGAACGUGCCCAUCGGAACACGUUCGCAGGCACCAGGACUUGCCUGGAACAGCGCGUUAAACUCGAGUGCGAGAGAGAGCAACAGGAGAGCUUGCUCCUCUCUGUCAUACCCGCUUACAUUGCUGCUGAGGUGAAACGCUCGAUUAUGAUCAAGAUGGCGUCGGCUUGCGCUGACAGCUCAAAGCAAACCCGCUUCCACGAGAUGCACGUCCAGAGACACAACAAUGUCAGCAUCCUGUACGCUGACAUAGUCAACUUCACGCCCUUGUCGGAGCGACUUAGCGCAUCUGAUCUUGUGAAGACUCUGAACGAGCUGUUUGGAAGAUUCGAUCAGAUUGCUCAGGAAAACCAGUGUAUGCGGAUCAAAAUACUCGGCGACUGCUAUUACUGUGUGUCCGGCCUCCCAGUCUCUAGGCCCAACCAUGCCUACAACUGCGUCAACAUGGGUUUGCAGAUGAUUGAUGCGAUACGGUUCGUCCGGGAGGCGACCGGAUUCAAUGUGGACAUGCGGAUUGGGAUUCACACGGGAAAUGUACUAUGCGGUGUGCUCGGUUUGCGUAAAUGGCAAUUCGAUGUCUGGAGUGAUGACGUCACGCUGGCCAACCACAUGGAGUCCGGGGGAAUAGCGGGUCGCGUCCACAUCACAAAAGCAACCAUGCUGCAACUGGGAGGCAAGUUCGAGGUUGAACCUGGAGAUGGUGCAUCCAGAGAGGGGUACCUCGCUGACCAUAAGGUUGAGACUUACUUGAUUGUACCACCAAAGAAACCAGGCGUAUCUGAGAACGGUCGCCUAUCAGUGUGCACCGUGGACCGCAAGGCCAGCAUCGUAUCCUCCAUGUACCAGGACGUGUCACCCACAAAGAAGGAGAUCAGUCCAGCGCCGUCGCAGCACAGUUUCGUUGAGCAGGAAAUGCCCAAGAUAUCUCGAGUUGAGUCUAUGCGACAUGCUGGAGAUCUCAGUAGACGAGCAUCAGUUAAAGUGGUAGCGUUUGAGAACAACAACGCGAGCAGUACUGGUGAAGCUUUGGGCAAUGGGACUGUUGUUACCAAGCCUAAAAGUCGAAGCGGAUCCAUUAUAGGAGCCAUAAGUCCCAUAAUGGGGACAGAAAGCGACACGGAAUCGCCACCCGUGGUACGGGAUGCUCAGCCAACAUUCUUUCUACGAAUGUUAAGUACAAUGUCUGUGGAGUCCCUAACGACUCCUGGAGUACCUUCAAGAUCGCGUCCUUCUAGUAAGAUGACAAAAUAUGUGGAGUGCUGGGGCGCGGAUAAGCCCUUCGCAAAUAUUACCGAUUCGACCCUUGCUAAGAAUAUCGGUAUCUCUAGCUUAGCAAUGAUAGAACAACAUCUUCUGCCACAGAGAACAUGCUGCGAUUGCAGCAGUAACUCAGAGGGUCUUCAUCGCAUCACGCUAGUGUUCAAGAACGGCACUCAAGAGAAGCAGUACCGCAAUCAGCCGGACGUUCAGUUCAAGUACUAUGUGGCUUGUGCUGCGGCUCUGUUCAUGCUUCUAGCGGCUAUACAACUGUUAACAGUUCCUAAAGGCCUCGUCAUCUACGCGUCGUUUGGUCCAACAUUAGUGACAUUACUCGUGUUUGUGUACCUGUCAUGGUCGGAUGGACAGUCCGGUGUGAUGCUUUCAGAUGUACCCGAAUUUUAUGCUGACAACUGCACGAAGCCUGGACAGGUAGUUGCAAGCAAUUGCUACAUCAGGUUAACAAUGUUCGUGAUCUCAGCCAUUUUGAUAAGUGCUUGUGCUAUUAUUAAUUUGUUUCAAACUUACCUGAUCCAGGAUCUGUCAGACAAUUCGAGUGUGAACAGCAGUUGGAAUGUGACUAACAUCACUGAGUUGCUAGCUCAUGACGACGGAGUUGACUUUGCUCCGAGCUACCUCUACAGUUCCGUGCUGACUCUGGCUUCAAUAUCCGUGUUCCUACGCGUGAGCUUCGUCCUUAAACUUAUUAUGAUGUUAUUGACACUGAUACUUCAUAUAACACUCUUCGCAACUGCCGAUCUGUUCAGCCAGUUUCAGAAGCUAGACGUUGAUACCGAGUUCUCGAUGCUACCAUACGCGGCUAAAGCUGGGCUGGUGCUGGUAUUUCUGGCUGCUUUAUUGCACAUCCUGGACAGACAGAUCGAGUUCACAUCCAGAACGGACUUCUUGUGGAAAGACAAACUGAAGUUCGAACAAGAGGAGGUCGAGACCAUGAGGGGAAUAAAUAAGAUUCUUCUUGAAAAUAUCCUUCCAGCUCACGUGGCCCAACAUUUUUUGACCUUAGUCGCAUCAAAGGAUGAGUUAUACCACGAGAGAUAUUCGAGCAUCGCCGUUAUGUUUGCUUCUAUUCCCAACUAUAAGGAGUUCUAUGACGAAACUGACGUCAACAAGCAAGGCCUAGAGUGCCUUCGGUUGCUCAAUGAGAUAAUUUGCGACUUUGAUAAGCUUUUAUUAAAACCUAAGUUCAGUGGCAUCGAGAAAAUCAAAACUAUUGGCAGCACUUAUAUGAUCGCUUCUGGUUUGAGACCUGGGAAGGAGGAACAAAUUAAUGGUAACAGCAAAGAAGAGCAUACAGUCGCAAUACUGGUAGAAUUCGCAAUUGCACUCAUGACCAUAUUGGAUCAGAUCAACAGGGAGUCCUUCCAGAGGUUUAAGCUGAGAAUAGGUUUGAGCCAUGGUCCUGUCAUAGCAGGAGUGGUUGGCGCCCAGAAACCCCAGUACGAUAUUUGGGGUAACACCGUGAACGUGGCCUCACGCAUGGACUCCACCGGCCUCAUGGGAAGGAUCCACGUCACAGAAGACACUGCUAAAGUACUCAUGAACGCCGGGUACAUGUGCGAAUGUAGAGGACCUACGUAUGUCAAAGGCAAAGGAACCCUCAUCACGUACUUCGUCAAAACGCCUAACUGUAAUUAAUACCUUAGAACUGUAUUAAGUACCUUCAAGGCAAGAUUUAAUAGGCAUUUUCUAGGCACGCUUAAAUCGUGAUUGCCGUUAGCCGGUAAAAACAAGUUUAAGACUAGCAAACCUUCGGAUUUAUUUUCAGAUAAAUCAUAAAUCAAAAUAAAUGUUCUAAUCAAACCACUUUUCAGAAUAUUUACGAUUAUUG